AUGCAUUCCGCACUCAGACCUAAACCUCCUGUCAAAUUGCCAACGUCGUUAGUUCCCGUGACUACAACUCAUAUUAAAAAGCCUUCAGUUACUCCGAAUGGACAUCAUUUCAAAUCAGUACCAAGUCAUCAUCCGAAACGCAUUGAAUCGAACAGUUCGACACCUGAAAAAUGCGUCUGGUCAUUAGGUUUGAUCAACUCGAAAGGAAAAUAUUUAACUGCUGAGACUUUCGGAUGUAAAAUCAAUGCGACUGGUACGUGUUUGAAAAAGAAACAACGUUGGACGAUCACAUACAGCAGUGAAAACGAUUGUAUUUACCUUCAAUCGUCUCUUCGUCAUUAUUUAUCAACCGACAAAUACGGUCGUUUGAAAUGUGAUACAUUCGACGUUGAUAAUGAUUGUCGUUUUCAACUUGAAUACAAUCGAACUGGUCAUUGGGCUUUGAAAUCGCUCAGUUAUGGAAUGUAUUUAGGUGGCGACGCUGAUCAUUUGCAUUGUUUUAGUAAAUGUCCGGAGUGGUGGUCACCUCAUUUAGCGAUUCAUCCGCAGAUUAACCUCAAACAUGUUCUUCGCAAACGUUAUGCGAAAUUAGAUGAUGAUGAAGUACAUAUUGAUGAUAUUAUUCCUUGGGGUAGUGGAGCGAUCCUCACCAUUGAAUAUGUUGAUGGUCAAUACUGUAUUCGGUCGAGCAAUGGUCUUUAUUUUCAUAAAGAUGGAAAAUUAGUUUCGAAACGCAUGGAAGAGACUUUAUUUAUGAUUGAAAUUUUCAAAGGUUAUUUAACAUUUAAAGAUUGUGAACAAUGUUAUUUAACAGCGAUUGGCCCAUCCGGACUGAUGACAACACGAAACAAGGUUGCCGGAAAAGAUGAGCAAUUUCUGAUGGAAGAAAGCAAAGAACAAAUAUGUUUAAUUGCUCCAAAUGGAAAACUUGUUUCUAUCAAACAAGGCGUUGAUCUGUCAGCGAAUCAGUGCGAACGUGAUCGUAGUAGUAUAUUUCAAUUGGAAUAUGACGAACAACUCGAAGUUUAUCAUAUCCGAACGUCGAAUAAUAAGUAUUGGAAACUCGAAGGGGGUGGUGUGCAGGCAACAGCAGAGAAGCGGUCGAUCGAGACGGGCUUUUAUAUCCAAUCGAUGAAUAAUGGGCAUAUAGUAUUUCAAGCAUCGAAUGGAAAAUAUAUUGUUCCACAUCCUACGGGACAUAUGCGGGCUAUAAGCGAUCAAUUAAACACGAAUGAAAGUGGUUUUCUUGUGAAAUUCGUCAACCGACCGUUUUGUGUAUUGAAAUGCGAAUUUGGCUAUGUGGCUUAUCGAAAUAAACACUCACGCAUACUAGAAUGCAAUAAAUCUAUAUUUGCAUUGUUUACACUCGAGGAAUCCAACGAUGGAAUUGUUUAUCUUAAAGGUUCUGAUGGGAAGUAUUGGGAAAUCUUAAAAGAUUUAACAAUCAGUGUGACUGGCGACGAUCCGUCGAAGUUCGUUAUCGAAUUAUGUUCUUCUCACUCUCGAAUACUUCUCAAAGCGCCUAAUGGCAUGUAUCUCCGCGCUGAACAAAACGGAAGUAUUCACGCGACAUGUGAAUACAGUCGACAAGCUACUCAAUGGGAUUUUUAA